AUGAAGUUUCUCGACUGGGCGCGGGCAGCUGCCGUCAUGGCGGCGCCACUAGCUGCCGCCGCUAACGUGCAACCAUCAACACCAGAGGCUCUGCCUGGGUCAUACCUCGUCGAGUUUAGUGAUGACUACAGCCACCUAGACUUCAUCUCUCUCCUGGCUGCGUCUGGAGUGCACGCCACACCUCGUCGCACUCUCUCCUCCUCUGUCUUUCGGGGGCUAUCCUUCACCCUCACCGAUAUCCACGGCGACCAAGACUCGACUGUGCAGUUGAUCGCCAGCAUGCCCGAGAUUAGCUGGAUCUCGCCUGUCCACUCGAUUGCAGCCCCCGCAAACCGGUUCAUGACCGCCGGCGAGUCUACGACGUGGGACGUUCCCCACGCCAUCCGCGCACGCCAGGCCGAGGAUGUCGAAGUCAUCCACCAGCUCACCGGCGUCGACAAGCUGCGCGAGGAGGGGUACUUGGGCACUGGCAUCAAAGUGGCGGUCGUCGACUCGGGCAUCGACUACACACACCCGGCGCUCGGGGGCUGCUUUGGCGAGGGCUGCCUGGUCUCAUUCGGCGCGGAUCUGGUGGGCGACAGCAUCCAGAAUCCGGCCCCCAGCGACGACCCCUUCACCAGCUGCCACGGCCACGGUACUCAUGUCGCGGGUCUGGUGGCGGCCCAGCCCAACGAGUAUGGGUUCACCGGUGUCGCGCCCAACGUCACGUUGGGCAUGUAUCGCGUCCUGGACUGCCAGGGCCGCGGCUCGACAGACUUCACCAUCGACGCCUUCCUCCGGGCGUUUGAUGCAGGAGCAGAUGUCAUCACUGCCUCCCUCGGCGAGUACAGCGGGUGGUCAGAGGAGAGGUGGAGCGUCGUCAUUGCCAGGAUUGCCGCAGCCGGUGUCCCUUGCCUCGUAGCGGUCGGAAAUGACGGGUUCUAUGGCCCGUUUUAUGCUUCAAACGGCGCUCCGGGCAAGGACGCGACCGGGGUAGGCUCUUUCAAUGGUCCGCUCGCCAACAUGUUCCUGGUCAAGGCCUCCUAUUCAACCGGCCAUGACAACCUGACCGCUCCUACCACCAACUUUGGAUACUCGCCCGCUGUCGGAAAGGAUUUCUCCAAUGGGACAUAUGCACUUCACGUCUUGAGCCGCGACAUCACCGCCUCUGCGGAUGCUUGCGAGCCCCUACCUGCCAACAGCACGGUGAGCCUUUCCGACAAAGUCGUUCUGGUGCGCCGUGGAGGCUGUUCCUUCGCCGUCAAAGCCCAGAACGUCGCCGACGCUGGUGGCAGGAGGAUCCUGUUCUACAACAACGAGCCGGGCACGUAUGAACCGGGAGUCAACACCAAGGGCAUCGAGAGCGCAGGCAUGAUCCCCCAGAGCACCGGCGAGGAGUGGAUCCAGCUGCUCGCCAACAGCACGCAGGCCAUCACAGUGCACAUGGUCGAGACGGCCAGCGCCGGCAAGCUGUACAAGGUCGAGGAGAACAAGCUGGCCGGCGGCUUCGCCAGCUACUUCAGCCAGUGGGGCCCGUCCAACGAGCUCAGUCUCCUGCCGACUGUGCUGUCGCCGGGGGCCUUCAUGAUGUCGACAUACCCCUUGGCCAAGGGCGGUUACGCAGUCGAGUCGGGCACUUCCAUGGCCACGCCGUACCUGGCUGGCUGCAUCGCGCUGAUGAUCGAGGCGCGGGGCAAGAUCUCUCCCGGAACCAUCAACGCCCUCUUUGCUGCCACUGCCUCUCCUAACAUGUUCCAUGACGGGAAGACUGAAUAUCCCUGGCUCGGCCCCGUCAUCCAGCAGGGCGCCGGCAUGCUGGACGCCUACAAGGCCGUACACUCGGACAUCAUCAUCAACACAGCCAGCAUCAGCUUCAAUGACACGGAGAACCGGACACCCCAGGAGUUCACCAUCCACAACCGCGGCGCCGAGCUGGUGAUCUUUAAUCUCGGCAGCGUCGGGAGUGGCACUGUGUACACGCUCGCUGCCGAUGGCACUCGUAUUCCCUCGGUCUUUGACUAUGCCGAUUUCCCCGAGACGGUUACUGAGUACGCGACACUGUCGUUUGACCCAGCGGUGGUCGUCGUGGGCCAGGAUCAGACCGUCACCGUGCGAGUGUCCGCGGAACCCCCGGCCGGGCUGGACGAGAGCCGCAUCCCCGUGUACAACGGCUACGUCACGCUCAACGGCACCAACGGAGACUCGUAUUCCAUCCCUUACCUCGGUGUCGCCUCGGCCAUGCGAGACGCCGUCAUCCUCGACACGGAGCACGGCGAGAACCAGCUCUCGUCCAGCACAGACGCGGAGCCGAUCCUCACCCCAGGCCACACCUUUUACCUGCCUUCCCCCAACUCCACCGCAGACGGAGGAGGGAACAUCUCCUACCCGGCAUUCAACCUGCGCCUGUCCAUGGGCUCGCGCCUCGUCGAGGCGAGCGUGAUCCAGCCCGGGCCCUCGAACAGCACGACAAACUCCACCGGCACCGCGCAUGUCGUCGGCUCCGUGCCGAACUUCCCCAAGCUCUUCCAGUCCAGGCACGUGAGCGGUCCGCGCACGUUCUGGUGGGACGGCACGCUGAGCACUGGCGAGGCCGUUCCCGCGGGCAAGUACUCGCUCCUCGUGCGUGCGCUCAAGAUCUUUGGUGACCAGGAGUUUGAGGAGGACUAUGAUGUCGUUCAGACGCCCGAGUUCUUCAUUCGGUAUAUCUAG